AUGACUUCAUCUUCCUCAGCGCCUUUUAGGCGAUCCGAAGAAAUCGGAGAGACCAAUCCUCUGCUCAACAAUCAAGGAUUACCGUCUUCAGAAGAAGAAGGAGAAGAGGAGAAUGAUAGACCAGGGAUAAGUAGGAAGACCUCACCAGUAUGGCAAUUCUGGAAUCAUCCACCGUUCAAGAGACAUGUUCGUUUUGCUAGCGAACCCGAUUAUAGAUCUGCGACGACAGCGACAACGGAAUACGAUGAACGCGAACACGAUGAAGAAGAGGGGCUUUUGCCCGUGUCGAUGAAUGGUUCUGGUAAUGUACCCUUGAAACCCCAUCAUCACCACCACCAUCAUCCAUUAUAUCAGAAAUACGGACAAUGGGCCAUGUACUUCGUCCUGCUGUUAGUAGGAGCUAUAAUAGGAGCGGUGUUUUCUAGGGAAUUGAUGAAGACGAAUACAGGGUUAGACGAUGGACCGAUGGUUCCGCCUGUAUGGUCAUUACCACCUCCAACCGGUCUACCUCGUAACGAUCCCUACCUCGUGACAGCCUCUAACGGAGCCGUCGCCUCAGAAGAUAAAACAUGUUCAGAACUUGGUCUAUCGAUACUACGAGAUAAGAACGGAUCAGCAGUCGAUUCAGCUAUCACCACUACACUAUGUAUCGGCUUACUCAAUGCAUUCUCAAGUGGGAUAGGUGGAGGAGGAUUUAUGGUGAUUCGCAUACCCCAUGAAUACAGCCAUACAUUUUCGGAGGUCGAUGAGAUGAUCAAAGAGGGUGAAGAAAGGGUGAUAGCGAUCGAUUUCAGGGAAACUAGUCCGGCUAAGAGUGAGAAAGGGAUGUAUGGAGCUGAGAAGGCUGGGAGGGUAGCUGCUCAGGUUGGAGGGUUAGCUGUGGGCGUGCCGGGGGAAUUGAGGGGAUUGGAAAUGGCUCAUAAGAUGUACGGGAAAUUACCUUGGAAAGAUGUAGUCUUGCCGGUAGCAGAAGUAGCCAAGGGAUGGAAAGUCAGUAGAGAAUUGGCAAGGAGGUUAAGACUUUUCGGCGAAUUCAUGUUACACUCACCUACCUGGUCUGCAGUCUACGCACCUCGAGGUCAACUCCUUGUAGAGGGCGAUUUCGUCCAGAGGAUCAAUUACGGUAAAACCCUUGAAGUAAUCGCUCAAAAUGGUGUAGAUGCUUUCUAUGAGGGUGAUAUCGCCGAAAGUAGUGUGAAGACUAUUGGUAAAGCUGGAGGGAUCAUGACUCUGGAUGAUCUCAAGAACUACAAAGCUAGAGCCUAUCCUGCUAUACACUCUUCAUUCAUGGGUAAAGAGAUAUACACUACGGAUGUUCCUUCAUCCGGCGGUAUCCUCCUAGCCUUUUUGAAGCUUCUCGAACCAUACAAUAUCCCCCUCACGGGCGGACUGACCAACCCUCUCAACGUCCAUCGAUUAAUCGAAGGUAUGAAGUUCGCUUUUGGAGCACGAAGCGAAAUCACAGAUCCGGCACCUCAAUUCGGGGGUAAUCUGACGAGGUUCAGGGAGUUCUACGAAGGUGAUUGGGCGGACGAGAAAAGGGGGAUGAUAUCCGAUAAUCAAACUCAUGAAAUCGACUAUUACGGCCUCCAACAUGAUACACCUAUAGAUCACGGCACGACCCAUCUGAGCGUAUUGGACAAAUGGGGUGGGGCGGCUAGUGUAACUUCUACUGUGAACCUCAUUUGGGGAAGUCACGUCAUGGAUCCUAAAACAGGUAUAAUAUUCAAUGAUGAGCAGGACGACUUUGCCGUACCCGGUGCAGCAGAUGCGUUUGGUCUCUGGCCCAGUCCAUGGAACUAUCCUCAACCUGGCAAAAGACCCCUCUCUUCAACAUCCGCCUCGAUCCUCUUGACUCCCUCCACGUUCUCCAAGCCAUCCUCGAUAUACGCUAUAAUAGGAGGAUCAGGUGGAUCCCGAAUUUUCCCCUCGGUAGCUCAGGUUCUCCUCAAUCUAUUCUCAGGUAUGGAUAUAUCGAGAUCGAUCGAGGCGUACAGGGUACAUAAUCAGAUUGUUCCUCCCUUGACUACUGUCGAAGUUGGACCUGAAGGAUCACCUAAGGGGUUGAUAGAUGAUUUGAAGAAUAGGGGUCAGGAGAUUGGUGAAUUUGAUGUCAAUAUUGGUAUCUCAGAAGUCCAAGCGAUAGUAGUAGAGAAUGGUACAAUUUACGCAUCGAGUGACUCGAGGAAGAAUGGAGUAGCAGCUGGGUAUUAG